AUGCAACCUGACUUAAGUUGGUUGAUCCCAGUUGAAGUGAUGUUGGGUUCUCUCACUCACGGAGAAAUUCAACUAUGCAGCAUUUUCAGCGUUCCGGAUGAGAUUAGAGCCACAAAAGAAGACGCUUUCAAGCCAAAGGUGGUUUCAAUAGGACCCUUACACAGAGGAACCACAAGGCACCUCCAAUUAAUGGAAGGACCCAAAAUGCUUUACAUGCGCGAGUUUCUCGAGCGUAGAGGAAUCGCAGAGGAAACCAGUAGAGGAUUGCAGUCAAGUUUAGAAGACUGUGGCACCGAAAUUCUAAAAUUGGAUAAAGCGAUCAUCGCAAGCUAUGGUGGUAACAUCCAAUUAGAAUCUCACGAAUUGGCUAAAAUAAUGAUAGUAGAUGGUUGCUUUUUGUUGGAGUUUCUUCUCAGACUCGGCAAUUAUAUGGAAUCACCAGAGUAUCAUAAGAGAAACUAUUCAGACGACCCAAUAUUUAAAACCGAGGAGAAAAUCGUGUCUAUUGUGAAUGACAUUACAAUGCUUGAGAACCAAAUACCCUUCAUUGUUCUCAAAACGUUAUAUAGAAAGGUCUUUCCUCACCCUAAUGGGACUACAAUCCAAAAUGAUUACUCUGUUGCUAAUAUUGUGCGCAAAGCCUUUGGUUACUAUGAGGUGGAUAAAGUAGAAGGCGCUCAUGUACUUCACACGAUGCACAUGUCGUCUAUUAAGCAGAACCAGGAAGAGGGUAAACGAGCGAAGCAGGAACUAUUGCGUUGCGCAACAAGGCUUCGAGCCUUGGGAAUAACAAUCAGAGCUGCAAACGACACGCGUCCGCAUAGUUUAAAUGAUUGUUUGGACUUUAACAUAAAUUUUAGUUACGGGGAGCUGCGAAUCCCGUCGUUGAGUAUUAAGGAAACGACAGAGGUGAGGUGGCGGAAUUUGAUUGCUUGGGAGCAGAGCGAAAUUUGGAUAAGAUGUAAAUACACGUCGUAUGGUCUAUUCUUUCAAGGUUUGAUAUGUUGUAAGCAUGACAUUGAGAUGCUUUUGGAGAAGAAAGUUAUAGUAAACGAGGCGAAUAAGAGCAUGGAUGAUUUGCUAAGACUAUUUCGCACAAUCUGCAAGGGUGCUGAGCGAAUGGAUUCGAGCUAUAGCGAGCUUUGUAGAUUGUUGAACGUGUACAAUGGCAAGAAAGGAACAACGGCAUUGCGAGGAUUGCCUAUAGUCACUUGGCAUCGGUGGAGACGUGUGUUUGAGAUGCUGUUGUACUGUUGGGGGAAUUGGUAUAGAAUGUUGAUUCGCGAUCAUAUACCCACAGUGUGGAAAUUCAUUGGAGUGCUUGCAGCUGUUGCGCUUCUUGUUCUCACAGUUAUGCAGACCUAUUACUCAUCCCGCAGCACUGGCAGCGGUUAA